CCUGUGUAGCUGUGAGGACACGACAGCAGCAGGCUUCAUUGUGUGAUCGCGGUCAUUAACUCGUUGUGCAUCAUUUUCCUCUGCUGGGACGAUGCACCUUGUCCCGUCCGGAGUUCCCUCGCAGGGUUGUAGAUGAAGGUUGAAUGAUGGUUGUAGACAAGAUGGGCCCUUUAUGUAAUGCAAUGUUAGGCCUUGCAAGAAGUCAUGCCAGCUCUACCUCUAAACUGAGAUUUAGUCCAACCUUUUAAAGUAUUUUUCCACUAGAAACUCCCGUGUGAAGGCUGUGAAGAUGAAAGCAGUAAUAGUUGUGCAUGGUGGGGCUUGGGCCAUCCCAGAUGAAAUAUCUCAGGCCUCUAUUGAUGGAGUGAAGGCUGCAGCGUGUGAGGGCUUCUCACUGCUGAAAAGAGGAGGAAGCGCUCUGGAUGCUGUUGAGUCAGCUGUGAGGGCCAUGGAAGAUAACGCUGUGUUCAAUGCAGGCCAUGGAGCCGUCCUAAACUCUGACGGAGAGGUAGAGCUGGAUGCUGUAAUCAUGGAUGGGAGGACACUUGCCUGUGGAGCUGUAUCCUCAGUGAAAAACAUUGCCAAUCCUGUGUCACUUGCACGUGCAGUGAUGGAAAAGACUGAUCAUGUCAUGUUGACAAGCAAAGGCGCAAACUUGUUUGCAGAAGGGAUUGGCGUGGUUACAACUCCAACUGAGACACUGGUGACUGAGUAUGAGCGAAAGGAAUGGGAGAAGCACAAGAAAUAUCAUACUGGAGUAAUAGAGCUUUUCAACACUCAGUGGGCUCAUGAUACUGUUGGGGCGGUUGCUGUGGACCAUUCUGGUAAUGUUGCAUGUGCAACAUCAACUGGAGGGAUAAGAAAUAAAAUGGUUGGCAGAGUAGGAGAUUCUCCCAUCAUUGGCUGUGGAGGAUAUGCAGACAACCUCAGUGGUGCAGUGUCUUGUACCGGCCAUGGAGAGUCCAUUCUUAAAGUCACCUUGGCCAGACUCAUUCUGUCACACAUUGAACAAGGUAAAGAGGUAGUGGAUGCGGUAGAAUUAUCUCUGCGUUACAUGGGUGACCGUGUCCAUGGUGCAGGAGGUGCCAUUGCAGUUUCUCCAUCAGGGGAGUGGGCAGCCAAAUUCACCACAGAGCGAAUGGCUUGGGCUUCAGUGGAGUGUGAUAUUCUGUGGUAUGGGUUAAACCCAAAUGAAAAAUUUAAACAGCAGCUGUCCUAGUCAUCUUUUACUACACAUUUGAUCAUUUUAAUUCUUGAUUUUACACUGUUAUGUUACACUGAAAUAUGUUACACUCCUGUCCAUGCAUUAGAUGGAUGCAUUGGAUCACACAGGAUGUAUUAGUGAACAUUUGCUCUUAUACAGCAAAUUAAUUUGUCUACUUCUUAUUUGUGAUAUCAAAAGCACGUGCACUGUCUGUACAAAAGAUGAGUAUCACAGGAUACACAAUAAUUUUUAUAGGGAUUUUAAUUAAUUUUGAUAAGGAUAUAUUUUGUGGGUUGUAACUGGUUGCUAAAUGUUGAUGUAGUACAAAACUCAUGGAGUGCUCUGAGAAACUUGAUGUGACUUUACAAAUGUUCAAGAUCCCCGUCAGUGAAGCAGCUACUCUAUUCAUUACUGUAGUUUGGUCUAUUUCAGGGUUUGAAUUUUAUAUGUAAAGCAGUUUGUUUUUUCAUAUAUCCAUAAUGUAUACUGGCAUUCUAAUUUCUUUAAGUGUGUGGUAAUUUAUUUUUCCUUCUCUGUGGUUUUAUGGCAAAAUAGUCUACCACCUCAUUGAAUCACCUCCUCCAAACUAUGGACUAUUGCUUCCAUUAUUAUUUGAAUUUUAUUUGAUUGGUACUGAAUGAUUCUGGCUCUUAACCUUUAAAUAAAAUAUCAGUAUCUAGCAUUAGAGGAGCACACGGAUCAGGGCACUAAACUGCAGCAGUAGGAAAUAAUUUUUAUUAGCUCUGUAAAAACAUAGAUAUACACUUGUAAGUACAAAAUGUAAAAAAAAAAAAAAAUGCUGAUAAUGGUCAGUUUUAUGUUGACAAUAAAAACAAUGCA